AUGGCACCGCUGCCCUCGCAGCAGCAGUCCCCAACGACACAGCCCUCCCCGAUGCGGGGAUACAGAAACACGCAGUUUUACACCAAAACCCCCUGCAGCGUCCUGUCGCAGUGUGGGGGUGGGAACACGAUGCCCACGGAGCGGCUCAGGCUCCGCUUUGGGGCCGGCGCGGGCAGGCCGCUGUCAGAGGCCGGGGGCCUCAGCGCCUCGCGGCGGGACCAGCGGCUGCUGAGCUGGCUGAAGGAGCAGGCCCCGGCCUCCUCCUGCCACCUCAAGUGCCUGCAGAUCCUCAAGGGCCUGCGGGACCUCCGCGGGCAGGGCCUGGAGGAGCCCUUCUGCUCCCAGUGGGGCCGGGUGCUCUCCUCCUACGUGCUGAAGACGGCCCUCUUCUCCCUGCUGCUGCAGGGGCCCUUGGAGGCCUGGGACGAGCGGUUCCUGGUGGAGCGGCUGGAGGACCUGGUGCUGUACCUCAGGGACUGCCUGCGCAAGCAGGUGCUGAUGCAUUUCUUCCUGGGCAACGCCAGCCUCCCUGAGGCCGUGGCGCUGCCCCGGUUCCUCAAGGAAGCCGCCCCUGUGAACUUGCUGGCUGCCUUCGACAGCCCCACGCUGGACCUGGCUGCUUUCCAGCUGAUCAACACCUGGAUCCAGGCCCCACACAUCAUCAGGAUGUACAGCAGCCCCCGGUACCUGCGACCAGCGCUCACCCCGUGCCGGCACAUUGCCGAAGCCAGGCAGGAGUCACCGGGAGAGUGAGCCAGUGGCCGGGUGAGCCAGCGUCGCCUGUGGACCCUGCCGGGGCAGUGCAUGCUCCCAGCCCGCUGGUCCGUUGGGAGCCUGCGUCUGCCUGAGGAAGGUGGGAUCCGUUUAAAUGUGGUUCUGUGGUUUUGUCCCUGACCUGAGAAAACUAGGAAGCCAGAGGCCAAGACUUAACCAAAUGGUCAUUCUUGUUUUUUAAUCUCGUUGGUUAUUUGUGGGGAAAAUUGUGAAAUUUUUGGGAAAUGCCUUAGUCGAGAAGCAUUAUGUUCAGUCGACUGUCUGCAAACCUAACUUUAACAGGCUCACACUGACGUUUCUGGAAAUCCAUGUUAACUUGUCUUAGUGGCAAAAUUAUCCUUUCUCUGAGAUUUGCUUUUUAUUAUACAAAAUACAUGUGAUUUAAAAAUCCUCUAAGUGCAAACAAAUCCCCAGUGUACCAAGAUGCUCUUAAAAUGUGAUAAGCACUAGAGCAUGGGUGUUGAUCACAGUUUGAAAUGCUCAAUGACAUGCUUUAAAUUUCCUGUGUAAUGGAAUACAUUGUGCUGAAUAUAAAUAUGAUACACAUGUUAAUGUAAAACUGAGGGAAGAAGCGAAACCUCUCCAACAACAGUAUGAAGAAUCUAGUUGCACGUUUCUGUGUUCAAGUGAAGGUUAUACUGAAGGAUUGAAAUACGGAUAAAAGGAAACAAAUAGCACUUUAUUUUCACAAAGGCCUUCUUUUUAGGAUAAUUGGCUGCACUAAAUACUUGCUAUGGAGGAGCAAAAAAUUAGUAUUUUAUUAAAGGGUUGAUGUUUGAUUCAUCCUGAGGAAAACCUUCUUUUAAGGAAAUACGCAGAGGUUCGUUUGUGGGUUCUUGUUGAGAUUUAUUAUUUUUUUUCCAGCUUCAAAUAUUAUUUUCUUUGAAUUUGCUUUACUUCAAGGACCAACAACAAAACUAAGAAAUUCCGGGUUUUGGGUUUGGUUUUUUGGGGGUUGGUGUUUUUUUGUUUGUUUUUUUUUUAAACAAACCUUAUAUCAGUCCAAAUUUCAGUGCUGUAAGCUGACUGCUGCGCCCUCCUGUUCUCCGGUAGGAGUUUGGUGGGAUUUUUGGGUGACUGCCUAACUAGUUGCCUGAUAGUGACAGUGUUUUGACCAAAUACCCUGAUGGGAUUUUCUAGUGCUGUGCUAUGGCAAAUUGUUAUCUUAUUGUGGGGAGGAGGAAGUGAAAUAUCUCAGGGUACUUAAAAAUUAUUUAGCACUAGUUCAUGGUACAGUGGCUAUGGAUUCUGGUGUUCUCUAAAUAUGAACAUCAACCAGAUAAUUUCCACUUCUUGCCUGGUUAUCUCCCAGUCACCAGAAUAACCUGGUGAGUUGUAAUGCAGCCAGCUCUGCAAGUGUCCUUAGCUCCUGGUGCAGGUACCUGGGAUAUGGGAACCUGAUGUGUCCCAGGGUGUCGGCAAAUCCUUGCUUUAUUGGGUCACCUGCUCAAGUAUUUGAUGCAUUAAUACCCAAAGUGUGUUGCUGAACUGCUGGUUCUCAGGAAGCUGAGCGUGUGCCUUAUUACCCACUAUACUGUGUCCUGAGUGAGCAGUCUGAAAUGAAUUACAAAUGGCCAAGUGUAACUUCUGGGGAGCUUUAGGAUAUCUUGAUGUUACUAAUACCCUCCUCCUCUCCCCGGUGUACAUAGAGAUACCGGUGUGCUUUAUUCACAGUUCUAUGCAUCAGAGCACAAACCAAACAUUUCCAAAAUCUAUGAAGCUUUAUAAAAACCUAUUUUUCUAAAUGGAAACACUCCCUAGGCAGAUGUUUGCCUACUUCUAUUUUUUUAACUGCUCCUGCAAUCUUAUUUUCAGGUAAUUAUAGGUCACACCCGCAAGUUGGGUUAUUUUUGUAUAUGAAGCACUGUGCUUCUUUCUACAAAUACAAGUAGUGUAUUUAUAGGUAGUAUUGAUCAAAUGUUCUUUGCACAUGGUAUUUAAAGUUAAGUGAGCUAACUUGGUGUUUUGAUUUUAUUUUUUUUUUUGGUAGUAGACCGUGAUACGUACUAUUUUUGCAGACUUGUGUUACUUGGUAUUUAAAUAAAAUGCAGUUCUGCAAUCGAUGCCAUUGAAUCUUUUGCCCAAAGAAGGACUAGGUGACUGGCCCAGGGUAUUGUGGCUGCCUGAACUCAUGGCCUAAAAACCCCUUUAGCUGUUAAUUCUGGCAUCAUAACCACUUCAGUCAGCUGUUGGUUUGUUUACAUCAUUGUGCAUCCCUGUCUCUGAAGAGUCAUCUUUUCUCUGAAAAGGGAUGCACAUUUGGUGUGUAUUUAGUAUUGCUGCAAUACAUGGAAAUCUGUAGUGGACUUGGUAGGGCUUUCUUGCUAAAAUGUAGUAAUGCCAGGAAAAGACAGUUGCAUCAGGAAACGCUUGACAGGGAGAGAUGGUGGAGAAUAUAAAUAGUUUAGAAAAUGAAAGUUGGGCUGAGGGGUGAGUGAGAAUGACAGUAAACUCUCAGUGAAGACGCACUGCAAACAAGCCAAAGGACAUGGGGAUAAAAUUGGAGGAGAGCU